UAUUUUGACAAGAUUAUGUUUUUUGGAUAUCUAAUUAAAAAAUUAUUAGAUAAUUGUAUUGAGUACUAUUUUUUAAAUGUUUUAAGUAACUUUACUUUCGUUAUCAUUUUUAUACUUCCCAAACUCCUUACCUUACCUAUAACGAGAAAGUUUCGUUGCAUUCCGCCAGAGUUUUACCGACAACAUCAGCGAAAAAUAUAGAAUGACAGAUAAGUUUGAAUCUAUCAACACUUUGGAGUUUGGAGGCCGAGAUUCCAAAAAUUAACGAUCGGGUCAUUAUUUUUUAAAAGUAGUGAUGAUCAAUUCGAAUGCACAUUCAAAUGAUCGAACGCUCGAAAAUCUAGCAAAAAUCACACGUCGGUAACCAUCGAAAACGGUUUGAACACUAUCACGAGAAGUAAGAUAAUUGCACGCUGGCGGGCAACACGAUAUAAGUGAUAUGCAUUGUUGAUCAAAUUUUUAUUGUGAUUUUGAUUAACGAUCGACAAAACAUUUUCAAAACUCAUAAAUAAUGUUUCGAUCGCAAGCUCCAAGCAAAGUCGGUAAACGUCCUCUGCUAGGAGAGAUCAACACAGAAUUAUCUCAGCAAGUUCGGAUUCCAGAAUCUUUGAUACAAAAAUCGAAUAAAGAAAAUAAACGUCGAAGAAUUGAAAAAGAUGUACAAAUAGCAGAUGCCAAAUGUCUUGUGUUAUCAACCAAUGCAAUCACAGCCGUUCAAGAAGUCAUUUCAGAGCAUGAAGAACGAGUCAGGAAACUUCUCAGCAAACCUUUUAAAAUACCCAUACCAGGAUAUGAAUGCUCUGGUCGAACUCUUGGUUUUCGUUUUUCUGGACCUCGAAGAGCAUUGCAUGAUCCUGACGAACCAAAUGCUCUUGUAGUUUAUUCUCCCCCUGAAUUAUCAGAACACGAAAGCUUGAAAAUUGAUGAGAAAAAUAAAUUAGUUCAUGUUGUUGUGGAUCCAAUUCUCUGUAAUGUUUUGAGACCUCAUCAGAGAGAAGGUGUUAAAUUUAUGUAUGAAUGUGUAACUGGUAAAAGAAUAGAAAAUGCUUAUGGAUGUAUUAUGGCUGAUGAAAUGGGUCUAGGUAAAACUUUGCAGUGCAUAACUUUACUUUGGACUCUUCUGAAACAAGGUCCUGAAGCUAAACCUUUAAUUGAAAAAGCAAUUAUUGUGGCUCCAAGUUCAUUGGUUAAAAAUUGGUACAAUGAAAUUUUCAAAUGGUUAAGUAGCAGGGUAAAACCACUGGCAAUUGAUGGUGGCAGCAAAUCUGAAAUUGAUGUUAAAUUAACUGGUUUUAUGAAAACAUAUGGACGGAGAUGUGCUAAUCCAAUUCUUAUAAUUAGUUAUGAAACCUUUCGAUUACAUGCUCAUGUGCUUCAUCAGGAUGAAGUUGGAUUAGUACUUUGUGAUGAGGGCCAUCGCUUAAAAAAUAGUGAAAAUCAAACUUAUCAAGCUUUAAUGGGUCUGAAAGCCAAAAGAAGAGUAUUAUUAAGUGGUACUCCAAUUCAAAAUGAUUUACUGGAAUACUUUUCUCUCAUUCAGUUUGUUAAUUCUGGUCUCUUGGGCACAGCUUCGGAGUUCAGAAGAAAAUUUGAAAACCCUAUCUUGAAAGGACAAGAUGCUGGUGCAACUGAUAAGGAACGAGAACUGGCUCAAGAAAGACUUACUGAAUUAGUAACAAUAGUUAAUAAGUGUAUGAUUAGAAGAACUAGUGCUUUACUAUCAAAAUAUUUGCCUUUGAAAUAUGAACUAGUAGUGUGCAUUAAAAUGACUCCACUUCAAACCCAAUUGUAUAAAAAUUUCAUUAAAAGUGAUAGUAUUAGGAAAUCGAUGCAAGAGACUGAUGGAGGUUCCAAGAAAGGAGGUAGUCUUUCAGCAUUAUCAGCAAUUACAUCUCUUAAAAAGUUGUGCAAUCAUCCAGAUUUAGUAUAUGAUAAGAUUAAAGAAAAUUCAGAAGGCUUUGAAGGUGCUUCAAAGUUAAUGCCUGCCAAUUAUAGUACAAAGGAAGUUAUGCCAGAAUUAUCUGGUAAAUUGAUGGUACUGGAUUGCUUGUUAGCUUUCAUAAAAUCAACAACUACUGAUAAAAUUGUAUUAGUAUCAAAUUAUACUCAAACGUUAGAUUUAUUUGAAAAGUUAGCAGCAAAGAGAAAAUAUAAAUAUGUUCGUUUGGAUGGUACAAUGAGCAUUAAAAAAAGAGGCAAAGUAGUAGAAAAUUUUAAUAAUCCAGACAGUGGAGAUUUUAUAUUCAUGUUGAGUUCAAAAGCUGGUGGUUGUGGUUUAAAUUUAGUUGGUGCAAAUCGAUUAGUAAUGUUUGAUCCUGACUGGAAUCCAGCUAACGAUGAUCAAGCUAUGGCUAGAGUAUGGAGAGAUGGACAAAAAAAACCUUGCUUUGUGUAUCGUUUUCUUUGUACUGGUACAAUAGAAGAAAAAAUAUUCCAAAGACAAGCUCACAAAAAAGCUUUGAGUUCAACUGUAGUUGAUCAAGAUGAAGAUGUAGCUCGACAUUUUACUCAGAAUGACUUGAGAGAUUUAUUUAGUUUAGAAGAAUCAACUGUAUCAGAUACACAUUCGAAGUUCAAAUGUAGGCGUUGUUUGAAUGGAAUUGAAGUUAAAGGACCUCCAGAAAAUUCAGAUUGCACUUCUGAUUUAUCAGAUUGGAGGCACUCUCAAAAUCCAAAACAUUUACCAGAUAUUCCUUUGAGACAUUGCUGGUCCAGUGGUAUUUCUUUUGUUUUUCAUCAUCGUUCAGCUGAAGUAGCAAAAUAAUACCUAUUUAUGAGAAUCAAAAGUAUCAUUUUUCAAUUAUAAUGAAUCAACUGUGAUUUGAAACAGAUCUGUAUAAUGUAGCGUUAGUAGUGACGCUUAAUAGAGAUAAUAGAAUUAAGAAAGUAUUAUUUUUAUAUCAAUAAUCUAAGUGUUUCAAAAUAUCAAAAUUAAGCCUCAAAUUUCAGUUAAGUU